AUGGCGUCGUCGCAGAAGAAACAGCAGACUUUGUCCGCAUUUUUCAAGAAACCCGUGUCCUCUCAAUCUUCGACGCUCCCUCGAACCCCAGCCUUGGAAGAUGACGAAGACGAGGACCUGGUGUUGCCAAUUGCGAAGAAGCGCAGAAUCACUCCCGCUGCGGAAACUGCCGGAGUGAGUAAGAUAGUGGCAGAAGGGAAGCAAGAGCACAUCAGAACUUUGAGACCGGUGGAGGCAAAUGGCCAGACUACAGCGACGACAUCCGCCGCCCCGUCAGGAUCCGAUAGGACAUCCAAAUACAUUUUUUCGUCCUCUCCUCUCCAAGAGAACCGGGAAGUCGACGACCCUGGCAGCCCCGACAGACGACGAAAGGACGAACUACACCGGAGGUUCGUCAAGAAAUUGGGCAAACCAGAUAGCAUCGCUGAAAUUAAGAGACGGAACCGAACACUCGAAGAAGAUGCUCCUGAGCAGGAGAACGGCGACGCAGACGAUGAACCCGAGGAGGUGCCAAAGCCGACCGGCCGUCUGAAAACAGGUGUUAAGAAAGGUGGAAGCAAACUCACACCCAUGGAGAAGCAGGUGAUAGAAAUCAAGAAGGCCCACAUGGAUACUCUUUUGGUGGUCGAGGUCGGUUACAAGUUUCGGUUUUUCGGCGAGGAUGCUAGAAUUGCGGCGAGAGAGUUGGGCAUCGUGUGUAUUCCGGGAAAGUACCGCUUCGACGAAGACCCUUCUGAGGCUCAUCUGGAUCGAUUCGCUUCUGCCAGUAUUCCUGUCCAUCGACUGCAUGUUCAUGUCAAACGGUUGGUGGCUGCAGGGCACAAAGUCGGUGUCGUUCGCCAACUUGAAACUGCAGCACUCAAGGCUGUGGGCGAUAAUAGGAACGCACCGUUUGUUCGGAAACUCACAAAUCUGUACACGAAAGGCACCUAUAUCGAUGACAUCGAGGGUGAUGGCAGAGGCAGCCCUGCUCCUCAGUCGCCUUCUACCGGCUUUUUGCUUUGCAUGACAGAGGUCAAUGUCAAGGGUCACGGCAACGACGAAAAGGUCCACGUCGGUCUUGUCGCCGUCCAACCUGCCACAGGAGAUGUGGUAUAUGACGAUUUCGAGGACGGGUUCAUGCGGAGCGAGAUCGAAACCCGGCUCCUCCACAUUGCGCCGUGUGAAUUUCUGAUUGUCGGUGAACUCUCGAAGGCAACAGAGAAGCUUGUUCUUCACUUGUCAGGCAGCAAAACCAAUGUGUUCGGGGACAAGAUUCGGGUUGAGCGAACGCCAAAAUUGAAGACCAUGGCUGCCCAAGCACACGGCCAUAUCUCCACCUUUUAUGCCGGCAAGCUCAAAGACACCCAGGGAGAUCAAGGCAAAGCAACAAAGGUAUUCGACAAGAUUCUGGGCUUGCCAGAGAAUGUAACUUUGUGUCUUUCUGCGAUGAUCAACCAUUUGUCCGAAUACGGGCUUGAACACGUGUUUCGGCUUACGAAGUACUUCCAGCCGUUUUCUGCUCGCUCACAUAUGCUGCUGAACGGCACCACUCUUACCAGUCUUGAAGUCUAUCAGAAUCAGACGGACCACUCCACCAGAGGAAGUCUCUACUGGAUGAUGGAUAGGACACAAACCCGAUUUGGGGGCAGACUUCUUCGCAAGUGGGUUGGACGUCCUCUGUUGGACAGGAAGAGUAUCGAAGAACGUUUGAGUGCAGUCGAGGAGCUUCUCGACCCCGACAAAGCCAUACACGUCGAGAAAUUGAAGCACGUGCUGUCCAAAAUGCGGACUGACCUGGAAAAGAAUCUCAUACGCAUCUAUUAUGGGAAAGCCAGCAGGCCAGAGUUGUUGAACGUCCUGCAGUCACUGCAGUUUCUGGCCACCGAGUUUGCACAUGUGACUGAUGCCGCAUCUACCAACUUUGACUCCAGUCUGAUAUCGUCCGCCAUCACGUCCCUGCCAUCGAUCUUGACAGAGGUGGUGGGAUAUCUUGACAAAAUCAAUCUGCAGGCUGCCAGAUCUGACGAUAAAUACAACUUCUUUCAGGACGGUUCAGAGAAUGAUACAAUUACGGAACACAAGUUCGGCAUUGCAGGCGUAGAGCAUGACCUGGACGAGUUUCGUUCCACUGCAGCAGAGAAAUUGGGGAAGAAACGGCCCGUGGAGUACGCCACGGUUGCCGGUAUAGAUUAUUUGAUUGAAGUCGACAACAGUUCUGCCACCAUCAAGAAAGUGCCUGCUUCAUGGACCAAGAUUUCAGGCACGAAAAAGGUCUCGAGGUUUCACGCGCCGGAGGUGGUCAAGCUCCUGCGGGAACGCGACCAACAUAAAGAAUCUCUUGCAGCGGCUUGCGACAAGGCUUACACCGACCUUUUGGUAGAUAUUAGCACCAAGUACCAGCUUUUCCGCGAUACCGUGCAAAGCCUCGCACGUCUGGAUUGUCUCCUCGCUCUAGCUAAUGUGGCAGCCCAGCCUGGAUAUGUCAGACCAAGAUUUACCGAGGGCAGCCGGAUCGAAGUUGAAGGAGCUCGCCAUCCCAUGGUCGAACAGCUUCUCAUCGAUACUUAUGUUCCGAACAACAUUUCCAUCUCCCAAGAUGCCACGAGAGCGCUCCUGGUGACGGGUCCCAACAUGGGGGGCAAAUCGUCCUACGUUCGCUCCGUGGCUCUCAUCUCCAUCAUGGCACAGAUCGGGUCUUUCGUGCCCGCGACAUCGGCAACACUAGGCAUCCUCGACGCCGUCUUCACCCGCAUGGGCGCCUUCGACAACAUGAUGUCAGGCGAGAGCACGUUUAUGGUCGAGCUCAGCGAGACCAGCGACAUCCUCAAACUCGCCACCGACCGCAGCCUCGUGGUCCUCGACGAACUUGGUCGUGGAACCAGCACCCACGACGGCGUUGCCAUUGCAGCCAGUGUGCUCGACUACCUCGUCCGCGAACGCAAGUGUCUGACGCUGUUCAUCACGCAUUACCAGAUGCUCGCCCGCCUGGCCAGCGGCUUUGCCCACGAAGAGCUGAAGAACGUGCAUAUGCGCUUCACGGAGGAGGACGACGAGAACGUCACCUUUCUCUACGAGGUCGCCGAGGGUGUCGCGCACCGAAGCUACGGUCUCAACGUCGCGAGACUCGCCAACAUUGGCGAGUCUGUCAUCGAUAUCGCGAGGCAGAAGAGUGCCGAGCUCGAAACGGCCACCAAGGCGAGGCAAUUGGCUGCUCUGGCGAGGAUGUUGGCAGGAGCCGAAGAACGCAGUGGUGGUGGUGGUGGUGGUGGUGCUGCUGCUGGUGGUGGUCACAAACUAGACGUGGAGAGACUGGACGCCAUUGUUGAAGGAAUUGAAAUGCUCUAA